CAUCCAUCCAGAGAGAGACCCCAAAGGAGCUCCGGGAGUCAUUCUGGCCAUGGGGGAAGGAUGUCAGACCACCUGCCUGUUGCAGGUGCUCCUCUUCCCUCUCUUUGCGGCUGAGGAAAUACAGCAAACAGGGCUCUCCAACAACAGUGUGCGAUGUCUGAAUAAUUAUGGGCUGCAGGGCCGCAGGGUGAAUUGCACAUGGCACCGCCGUGAUGAGUUCCUGGGAGAGGGACCCUUCCACCUCAAUUUCUCUGACCUCCUCGGUCUCUACAGUGACCUCAUCUGCCAUCUCUCUGAGGAGGCCCUGGACCAGUUCAGCUGCUCAGUGAAUAGUGAAGAGGGCGAGUUCACAGAGAACGAUGAGUACAGCGUCUCCUUGUAUGCCUCCUCCUCCUCCAGAAACGGACUCAUCGUCUUUGCGAUGUAUGAGCCCAGGCUGCACAUCAAAUGUGAGCCACCGUUUGACCUGCAGAGCAACAUGAGUUCCAGCAAGUGCUGGAUGCAGUGGAGGAGGCCAGAGGCCUAUGAAGACAUUUUCCUGGACGACUGGCAAUGGGAACUGGCAUUCAAGAACACAGAAGCACCCUGGGAGCAGGCACAGAACAAGGUCUGGGUCAACAAAGAAACAUGGGUGGAAAUUGAGGGCUUCGAGUUCGAGUCUGGCGUAGAGUAUGUGGCAAGAAUUCGCUGCAAAACUCCAGAUGUGAAUAUGCACUACAGAAGCCAGUGGAGUCCGUGGAGCGCCACCACCAAGUGGAAAGCCCCCCCAGGCAACGGGCGGCGGCAGCAUCAGGAGUCCCACCUCCUGAAGCAUGUGUUCAACCCGCUCUUUCUCUGCCUGGGCACCCUGCUGUUCCUGCUCCUGGUACUCACAAUCUUCUGGAGGUCCAAGGGCCAUUGCAGCGCAAACAUCCCCAGCCCAGCAGCUUAUUUCCAGCCCCUUUAUCUCACACACAGUGGGGAUUUCAAGCGCUGGGCUGGCCUGGCAGAAAAGAGCAGUGGCAACGAGGACAAGGAGAUGCCCUGGGGCCACAGCAAGGGGGGCGAGGAGGAGAAAGCCCCCCCAGCAGGCAUUUCACGGCUUUCCUUCUGCCAGCCCCCGCCAGAGGCUGAGGCUCUGUCCAAAGAGAGCAGUUGCCCCCUGCCUGAGAUGCCAGACUAUCAAUAUAUGGCCAGCAAACAGAGAGGCCUCGAGGGAGACCUGAAGCAGCUGCAGCCUGAAGCAGAGGCACCCCUUCCCUCUGGGGAAGCAGAGCAGGAGGGCUCUUCUUCUUUGCCAUGCGAGUGGGGCUUCACCUUCCAAGAGCAGGGCCCACUAGAGACGGAGACACCCACCCUCCUCCUCCUCUUUGGCAGCAAUGAUUACUGCGCCUUGGGAGGUGGCCACAGCCAGCCAGGCUCCAGGCCUGCUAAUGAGCAGCUGCUGCAGAGCAUCUCAGCAUGGGGGGCGGGCCAGGCUGCAAAGGACUCCCCCCAGGCUGUUCUGGGUCCCACUAGCCAUGUCUGACCCCCACCCACAGAUCAAGGCGAGCCCUGUUGUCCUGACCAUGGCUGGGCUGAUGUCUCGAUGGAUGGAUAUUUCCCCAGUGGGGCUGGACCAAAGACUGUCAGUGUGACUUGAUGGCUGGGCUCUCUCUUGUCUGGCCUUGGAAGGGGGCAUCCCUGGAAGAACGGAGGCAGAGGAGAAUUUGGGAGCUGCGUUGCAGUGGGAGACUCAGAGCUGAUAGCUGGAGCAUGUGCAGCCAGGUUGACAGGGGUAGUACAGUGUUGGAGAGCAGAUGCAAAAACCACAACACAGUGGCUUCCUCACUUGAGUGCUUGCUUCUUUCCAGUGAGUUCUGCUUGCAACUGCAAUAAAGUCACACUCAGAACAGAGGCCCUUUGCGUUCUCUGCUCCCUGUCCCCCACCAGAACCCUGCAGUGCUGCUGC